GGAAAUACGUGAAGGCAGCAAAAGUUCAGAAUGCAGAGUUGUGUCAUCACUGGCAAUGGAGGAAAAACAGACCGAUAUGGGCGACAAUUUCAACCCAGGUACCACCAAGAUUUCGUAUAAUUAUUGCUCUAUUGGCGGAAGUUGUUGAAAUUUCUGAAUGAACUGGAUAUUAUUUGAGGGCUAUCUCCAAACCGUUGUUCAGUUAACCUCGGUGGUAACAGCAACAGUCAAACAGCUGUACUGGAUAAGUUAGCAGCUACAUAAAGAGUUAGGUGUUGUUGAAAGUGAGUGGUUUCAGAUGCCCAGGCUCUAUUAUGUGCCAUAGCCAAGUAGAAAAUAAGAGAAAUCAUUUGGGAUUUAAGUAUUUAAGCUGCAUGUGAGUGCUCAAUUCAGGUCAGUUCAUUAGAGACAAAAACAGCACUGAAAUAGACCCCCUGUAACCCACUUUAAUGUAGCAUUUUGGGAGACCAGAACAAAGCCAAACCAAUCCAUGUUCAGUAGACGGUAAGGUAAGAGUUCAUGUCUGGUAGCUGCAGUUAUAUAUCUUGUAUAUCUAAAGACCCCAUAACAGUCUUUUGGGAUCAUUCAGCAUGAAGGAAGUGAUCCACCAAACAACACUGAAGUCACAUUACACCAUUUACACAUGAUGACCGUGUACUUUCACCUGGAGAUUUCUACUUACCUGUUACCUGACUGUAAUAUGACUUAAUGUGUCAACUGUAACUGUGACUUGCCUAUAAAAGACUUGUACCUUUCAGUUAAUGAUUAAACUUUGUCCAUGUAUCACUUAGAUCCAGGGGGUGCAGAAACCACACAAAGUGCCCCAUGUGACCAAAGGCCAGAGGGAAUUAUCAGCAGACAGUUGACUGAACAGGGACGCUUUGCCUUCGCAGCUCUGUGCGGUGUCUCUCUGGGCCAGUUGUUUACUGGAGAUGAAAACAGGUAACAGAGCCGUGACAGACAAUGCCUAUAUGACAUUAGCUGUGUGUGUCCUCCAACUGCCAGUCCACCUGACACAGGCUGAAGACAUUUGGUCAGUGAGAUUAACAACACACUUUAUUUCAAUAAACGCUGUGUAAUCAGGUUGUACGUCUCAUAUAGAAAUUAUUCUCAACAGCACUCACCUGUACUGUAGCUGUUUUAGAGUAACAAGGAAGUAAUCAGCAGGAUAAACUGACUGAAAGGAUAAGGAAGCAGUUUUGAUAAAAUCAUUAAAAAGGUCCAGAAUUACACACAAAAAAGAGCAUUUAAAAACCUAUUUAUCAAGGACAUAAAUGGUUUUGAAUAAAGGUAAAUGAAAAGGGGAAGCUAAGAAAUAUUGUUUACGUCUGAAAGGAUCUGCUGCUUCCAGAAGGAGAAAGGACCGGAAGAAUCAUUUACUGAUACUGUGACUGUGUCAGGCCUGAGGAUGAAUCAGAGAUCAGUCUCUUCCUUCACAUUGAUGACUAAUAAUAAAAGCCAUUCUUGUGGCAGGAAACUCAACCAACCUUGGUUUUAUUGUCUCUAAAUAUGCAACCUUAAACUUCUGCACACAAAUGCUGUCUGGCAUAUCCUCCUUUGACUGGGCUGUAUGGACUAGGAAAUGAGUCACUGCGUCAGGCAGCUCUUUCAGGCUUAGCGAGAAGUGAAGGGACAGAGAAGCUCAGAGUUUAUUGAAGAAAACUUUCCUGCAGGCAGAUUACCUUCACAGUGCUUGUUACCAAAGCAACUGUCCCAGAGGAAAAAUGACCCUGGUUCAGGAUUUCCCUGAACUCAGGGUUCAAGCACUGAAAGUUUUUACUAAUCUGGCUUUCUGAAACAGGGCUGUGGUGGUGUGGAUUGUUUCAUUCAUUAACUGCAAAAAAAGAAAAUCCCGUUCACUCCGGUUUUCAGGGAUCUCAGAUGCCCAGAAGUCUUUGUAGACCUUCUUUUGAUGACUUGAAUUCGUGCUGUGUGUGUUUCAGAGUGUUCAGGGAACAGUAUCUGAAGGGCCUGGUUUGCUGGCUGGACCUGGAUGAGUCAGUGAUGCCAGUUAUGGGGGCUUUUCUGUCUGGCCUUGGUUUUGAGGGCUCUGAUACCUUCCUCUCCAUCCUGCAGGCUGAACCACUGCUGGCUGCUGGGGCCACACCUAUCAUACAGGUAUGUCUAAGCCAGUAAAUGAGGGGAUUUCAUUUAAAUGUAGGCUUAACUGUUACAACUGGGACUGCAUCAUAACUGCAACCAAUAUGAAAUUUGUGCUUAAAUACCCUGUUUACAUUUUAUUGAAAUUAUCCUGAGGUAUGAUUAACAGCACCCUGAAGAUAAAACAGAAUUAACACUUUGGUGACAGGAAUGAAAGUGACUGUGAGGUAGAAACAACAACCCUUUUAGGUCAUUUAAAACAGGCCAGAUGUGACACUCACACAUAGAUCAUGUGUGACUACUUCCUCAGCUGACACUCCCAAUAGAUAUUUUUACUCUACAGAUUCAGUUAGUGUAAGAGUAAGCGCUCCAAGCUGUCUUUGACUUUACCUUUAGUCACUUUAUUGAACAAAUAACCCGCUGAACCAGUCCCUACUGAACCAGUCCAAUGCACAGUGUUGAAUCUUUUUUACCUUUUCAACUUUGAUAGCCUUUAAUAUUACAUUUAAAAUAUGCUCAUUUUACAUGUUUAUUUAUUGUUUAUCUUAUGUUCUUAGAUUCUCUUUGAUUAAAAUUUAUGACCCUCAGUCUUUGUGUUAUUUAUGUUUUCAUAAUCAAUAAACUUGCACUGAGUUAUUUGUUCUUCUGCCUCCGGGCAUGGUUAAGACUCUCUAAUCUGAUCAGAUCUGAUAGAGUAAAGUGCAAAUGUUGCAAAAAAAAAAAAAAAAGCAAAGAAGAGAUAGACAAGAUUAUUAAGGCUGUUGAAAAAAAGUCUUGGCUUUUAUCUGUAUUGAGCUGAUUGUUGUGUGCCAUCCUGCUUCAACCAGCAUCUUUGAAAUUGUAUUACAUCAAGAACUCCAAAAUACUGUACGUGAAACCAGAGACCUCAUUUUAAAUGAUUAUGUCAAUUUUCAGCUCUUUUUCAGCACAUAUUAAAUCUGUUGUUUUGCAGAAAUUAUAUGAAACUAUGACUAAAGAUGUAACACUUGAAGUAUGAGAGCGUCAAGAAAGGAUGCGAUUAGGUUCAGAAUAUGACCUCUACCUCUAAGUAUUCUCAUUUCUACUCACUGUAACUUAAAUGCUACAACUAAAAAUCUACAUUUAGAUUCAGGGUAAGUUUACUCAGGUGAUAUGUGAUGCAAACAGGAACAUUUCAGCUAUUGCAUAUAUUUAAUACAAGUAAUUAAAAUUUCUUCUAAAAUUAAACCUGAACUUUCACUUUAUGUUACAGGAUCUGGUGUCUUUUUCUGUCAAGGAUGGUAAGAAACCUUCAAUGAAGCAAUAAAUAUUUUGCUUGACACUGUGUAGAUCUUUUCAGCCUGUUGUUUUGUAAAUUUAAUGGUUUGUAACUUUCACAGGUCAGUACGAUGCCAGAGCGAGAGUCCUCAUCCGUCAUGUCAGCUGUCUGCUGCGAGUUCUUCCUCAGCAGCUGGAGGAGUUUGAAGAAACUCUGGGAGAGAGGCUGAGGGAAGGUGGAGAGGAGAGCGAGUAAGAUGGAUGAUACAUGAAAAUGACCAAGUCACACUUUCAUUCAAAAUCAGUAAUUAAGAUACGUGUCUACCACAAGCAACAAGGAGGAUUUUAUUUGACAUGCUGAUUUUGAUGCACCAAAAGAGUGGUUUGACAACUUAACCUCUGGGCAUAGUCAAUAUUUGAACUAAUACAGAUGAUCUGUUUCUACCUUUUCAGAGAGGAGUCCACUCGGCGGCAGAGAAGAGAGCGAGGGAGGAAGUUACGACGCUACCUCCUCAUUGGUUUAGCCACUGUGGGCGGAGGAACUGUGAUAGGUAUUCUUCGUUUAUGUGGGAAACAAAAAUGUCUUUUAACAUACCAACUCAUCUGAAUAGAAUACAAUAAUAAACAAGCAACAACAGCAAACCAGGAGUAAAACAACAGUGUCAUAAAACAGUAGAUCAACACCUGGAAUCAUAGAGUGAAGCCGAUAAACAGAUCGAAAAUUCAGCACGGAGACCAAAUCAGAGUGAGCAUGACAUCAUGUAUGCAGAUAUAGUACUUUCCUCUGUGCCUUUGCCAGGUGUGACAGGUGGGCUGGCAGCCCCACUGGUGGCAGCAGGGGCCGGCGCUGUGAUCGGGGCUGGAGGGGCUGCAGCUCUGGGCUCAGCCACUGGUAUUGCAAUCAUGGCCUCCCUGUUUGGAGCAGCAGGUGCAGGGUUGACGGGUGAGAUCGCUGGAUUACAACUGUUUGAACUUGAUGAAUGCAGAAUUAUUUUGUGGUACUUAUUGUUUAUACCUGUCUAUUUGUCAUUCUUCAAUCUGUCUCAUCCUUUUGUUUUUUCCUUCCUUCAUUUGUCUCUCCAGGUUAUAAAAUGAAUAAAUGUGUUGGAGCAAUUGAAGAAUUUGAGUUCCUGCCUCUCAGUUCAGGGAAACAUCUGCACCUGACCAUUGCAGUGACAGGUUGGCUCUGCAGUGGGAAAUACAGUAAGUGUUCAGUCACAACAUCAUGCUGUUUCCAUUUAUUGACUUUCAUCAAAAUGUAUUAAUCUUGAUUAGAGACUGGGGUUUAUAUACCUAUUUGUUGAUAGAUAUAUUUCAUUGUAUUGCACAUAUCCUUUCUUUUAAAAGUUUCUUAUCUGGGAUUGACUUUUGGAGUUGGUAUAAGGAGCUUUUACUUUGAAAUUCCUGUUUAUUUCUAUCCUCUUACUUACCCUCUAUGAAAAACAACAAUUUUGAUCCGACUGCAUAUUUUCAAACGGUAAAAUCUAUGUAAGAAAAUGGUUGUGCAGAGCUGUGAUGCCUAAGCUGCUGGACAGACGGAGAAUGACAAGGUUCAAAUAGUCUUGUCUCUAAUGGUCUACUUUGCUUUUGUGUGGAUCACUAAGAUACAUCAAGAUUCAUUUCGAUCUGUUUCAUAACAAAAUAUCCACUCUGGACUCAAGAAUUUCUCACGCUUAACAAAGAGUUUCGAGGACCAGAAAACUCUUGAUCAACUUUUACAUAUAUCUAAAUAUCAAAAGCCUGGACUCUGCGGCUUGUUAUGACAUACAGCUCUUUUGGAUGAAUGUACGUUCUCCAGCUAGAAAUGUUCAGUUGCUUCUGAGUCAGAACUUGCUUGUUCUUGAGAUGACUGCAGGUGCAGAGCAUAAAAGGUUCAUCUUCCACCAUGACAUCAGGUUUCAUAGAAAUCAGACCUUUAGUUUUCCAAAAUAACACACUGAAAAACAUGCAAACCGCACUGACUUUAUCCUCUGGGGGUUUUAAAAGAAAACAUUGUUGAGAUUACUGGGCAACAGCAAGCGUUUUUUUUUUUUUUUUUUUUUUUUUUUACCAAAAACAAAAAGAAAUGUUAUAAAAUGUUCUUCACAAAAUGUUCCUAAACUGCUCCAGUAAAGUGCCCACCAGAGAUUAUGCAAAAAAAAAAAAAAAAAACACUCAAGUCUUGCAUUUGCAUAACACAGUGCAAUUCUCUCUCAAUAGUAAAUACACUUUAGUAAUAAGCUGAGUACCCCCUUCACAAAUAAUGGCUCAAAACACUUAACACAAGUGUAGCUUAAUGUUUUCCCUGCAUAAAAACACAACCGCUGUGUCCCAGGUUCGUUCCAGGCCCCGUGGUGCAGCCUGGGCGAGUGCGGGGAGCAGUACUGCCUGGUGUGGGAGUCACGUUUCCUCAGGGAUCUGGGAUCAGCCAUGGCCUUACUGCUGGACGGGCUAGUCAGCAUUGUAGCCCAGGAAGCACUCAAGUACACAGUGCUCUCAGGUAGAUGGAUUUUCAUAUCUCUCAAGUCUGUCAAGUGGAUGUGUAUUUGGAAACACGAGUGUCUGUGCUUGAUGCUAAGUAUUUUCUAAAUCUAAACUCUAAGCUAAAAACUCAAUCUCAAUCAUUACACUGGUUACCAGUGCUGGCUUUCUCUUGCAUUGAUUGCACACUGUUUUUCUGGUCAGGCAUCGUGGCAGCUCUGACAUGGCCUGCAUCUCUGCUAGCAGCAGCCAGCGUCAUCGACAACCCCUGGAGUGUUUGUCUGAGCCGCUCAGCUGAGGUGGGAAAACACCUGGCUCAGGUUUUAAGAAGCAGACAGCAGGUAUUGUAAAACAUUCAUGACACAAUCUUACAAAUAGCACCUCAUUGAGUCAGCUGUUGCUCCAGAAGAAUAAAUUACUCGUUUCUGUAAAUACUCUUAAGCGCGUAAAUUCAACUACAGUCAUACUGUUUCUAUCCUGUCUGAUAGUAUGUUAUAAUAAAGCUGCACACGAAUUGCUCUUGACAAUUAGCUUAAAAACACCUAUAAUUAUUAAUACAAGAGUACUUAAAAAGUAUGCAUCUCUUUUCUCUCUGUUUUAAAGGGCAAGCGGCCUGUCAGUCUUAUAGGUUUCAGUCUUGGGGCCAGAGUGAUCUACUACUGUCUACAGGAGCUGGCCAAUGAUAAAGGUAGUGACACCUUUCUGUGAAUAAAUCAUUAAAUCAGAGACAGUUUAUUCUUCUUUUUCUUCUAGCUGAUUUAGAAGGCUGUGCAAUUGACAGUACGAUGCUGCUUUCCAUACAACAGAAUUUGCUGUCCCUUCCCUAAUUUAGAUGCAAGCCAGUUGAGUGAAAAAGCUGAGAUUCCUCUGCCAUUAAGUUGGAGCUGCUUUUCAGAGGAAUAUGUGUUGUAUUAGGAAUCAUAUUUGGAGGUUCAAUUCCGUAGGUUUGGACUGUUACUUCUAAUCAAAAUAAGCAGAUUUUUGUAUAUUUUUCAGAAACUUGUCUUUUCAAGGAAUUGUAUAAGUUUUAUGCAACAGCAGCGUCCAUGACCUCAAUUUUGUUGUUCUUUUCACCUGAGUGAGAAAAGUUUUAAAAGUCGUCUGGUCUUUUUCAGUAGUUACCAUUAAAUAUGUGUGAAAAUGCUCUGUCUGCUUGAUGUUUGAUCUCACUUAAAGGUAAUUUUACAAAGCAUCGUGAGCAAAAUUCUUUGAGAUUUGUUCAUCAUAUUAGCAGCAGCUCUGCACCUGGAAAUGUAUCUUCCCACAAACAUGUACAGUCAGCAUGUCCUCUGUACAGGCCUCCACUGUUACGGAGAGAACGUUGACGCCAGAAGCCUCACCGCUUCUUAAUUUUGAUGGAGAGGUGAAACUGGUGCGCCUCUUAAAGGUAGAACUAUUUCAACCAUAGACUAUAGAAUGGACAGGGUCUGCCUCCUUGCUGGGUGAAGCCACUCCGAGAACAGCACCCUCUGUUGAUGGGCUGCAGUAUAGGUCAUAAAUCCCGUUGUGCUUUUUCAGAAGAUAGGCCCUGCAGGCAGAGAAACUGUAUGUCGUGGACUCAGGGCCUAAGAUUUUACUUAACUAAGUCAAUCAUAGGUGUGAAAUUGUUAUCAGAAAGUUCCUUUAUCAGCUAUCGUAACAAGAUAUUUUUCAUUGUUUAAGCAAACAUUUAAGAUUGUUAAUGUUCCAGAUUUCUCCCAAAUCCUGAAGGUAUGAGUGUGUUACAUGUUGAAGGAAUUUAAAAGCCCUUUGAGUGCUCAGUCAGACUGGAAAAAUACAAGUCUGCAUACUGUUAAUAUCCAUGAGUGUGAUUGUGAAUUGUAUUUGGCUCACGUGGCUCCCUUUACUCUCAAUUUUCUUACACUAAUAUAUAACUUUUUUUAAUUAUUAUUUUCAGUGUGUUGAGUUAGUGACAAUUUUUUCGUUAUAGUUACAAAUCUUAAAAGCCACACCGACAGACUGAUGGUGUUUUUCAUUUUCCAUCAGUUAAUGUUUUCUGACGCACCUAUGUCUUCAGGUAGUGAAGGAGUCGUGGAAGACGUGGUCCUCUUGGGUGCCCCAGUGGACGGCUCUGAAAGGGCGUGGGAGAAAAUGACCAGAGUUGUCUCUGGAAAAAUAGUGAAUGGGUACAGCAGGUAAGCUGACAGAGCUUUACUCUGCAGUAUUUGAUGUUUAACGUUUUUAGUUUUGAUAUAUUUAUCCAGUUGUUAAUUGUGCCUUAAGAAUCACACAAAGUCUCUCUUAACUAUCAGAGGAGACUGGCUCCUGGGUUUCUUGUAUAGAAGUUCAUCUGCACAAAUGUCUGUUGCUGGGCUACAGCCAAUUAACAUCCAGGAUCGGCGUUUGAUCAAUGUGGAUCUUUCCUCCGUGGUGAGUCACAGCUUAUAUGUAAAUUGUUAUUGUUAAGCAUCUCAAGGUCCUUACUGUCCAAAUAAAAAUGAAGCGGCGAGGUCAGGAACACUUUCAAUGCAGGAAAAUAUAAGGUUUGCUAGAAAAAUAUAUGAAACCCAUUUUUAAUUUAUCAGUGUUGGCUUUCCACAGCUUCUUUGUGUAGCUUACUAUGAUGUGAAUUUAAAUCUGAUGCUUUUGUUUGUACACAGUUAAAUUAUAAUUUAAUAUGUUUUCCCCUGUUGAAUACUAAUUUCCUGGUAACAAACUUGAUGAUUUAUAGCUGCUGUUGUUGUCUUCAGGGUGAUUCAGCACUGAAGGAGAUUUUCACACCAAUAAGCAGCUUCUACAUUAUCCUAGAGAGGAGGAAAAGAAAAAUAAGAAAACCUUUUGAAAGACCAAAUAUUUUAUCAAUAUAUAGAACGAUUGUGCUAAGAAAAAACCUUAAGUAAAAAAAGGGAGGCUGUUUUUUAAUACCUGCUGAAUAAAGUCAUAUAUUUAAUACCUUCAAGAUUGAAAUCAUCACAUUCAACUGAAUAAAAUGCAAAUGGUAUUUAUAUAUCAUGAGAAGUAAAAUAACCUGCCAUCUGGGAUAGACAGCUCUGGUAACAACUUUGAUCUGUUUUUUUAGUAACGUACAUUCACACAUUAUUACGCUCAUUUUGUGCCUGCCAUCUUCACACAUUACACUCUGUGACACCAUAUUUCUUGGCUGCUUGACUGUUAUUUAAUGCAUUGACAACCAUUAUCUUGAAAUGGGCAUCAUAACUCCACCUCCACCUAUUAUAACUUGUACUAAUUGUGGACUUUCACUGCGUCUCUCCAUCUUCCACCCAUCCAGCCGUAAGUGACAGCUCCGGCUCUCGAUGGGUUAGAUCCAUCUAUGGUUAUAUCUAUGUCCCGCCUACAGUGGCACCAUCCUUUUUUAAAUUCGUAUUGGUGUUUAAAUAUUGAACCCCAAAUUUAAGAUGAUCAGUGAUUUUAGAUUUAAGGAAAAAAUAGACGUUUCAAAUAUUAGGGUCAGGAGUUUUUUUUUUUUUUUAAUUCUAUCUUUGUUCCAUCUCAUGCUCCCAAUUGGUUGCUCCGGCUCUCGAUGGGUUAGAUCCAUCUAUGGUUAUAUCUAUGUCCCGCCUACUAAGUCAUUUUUUGAUGAAAAUGAGUUUGGGGCUUAAAUCAUCUCUUGAGAUGAUUUAUAGAUGAUUUAGGCCAAAAACUUAUUUUCAUCAAAAAAUGACUUUGGCCAUUAUUUUAAUAGGGUGACAAUAAUGUAUUUUUAUACGUCAAGCUAGCUGUGAUCCGUCAAAGAUUUCAUUUCUGUCAAAUACCCCUCUGUUCUUUUGCAUGUUCUUUUUUCACAUGUUGGUCUCUUAUAGGAAGUGGGAGACUAAGCCCAAGCACCACAGUUGGGGCUGUAAAACCUGUGACAAAAUGACUCUAAAGACUCUAAAAACAGAGUCAAACUGUGUGGGACAGAGGUGCAGGUGUAUGAUGCCAUUGAGUUAAUGUUGAUUUAAAAGGAUCAAGUGCAGACUUCAACCUUUUCAAAACUGGGCGUUUUGUGUUCUAUAUGAUAUAAAUUUAUUAACUGUAAAUAAAAUAUAUGAGAUAAAUUUCUUGUGAUAUAAAUACGGAGUUUUAUUAACACUUUGAAACAGACUUUUUUUUAUCAUUCAAUUCAAAGAGUAAGAAAAAGUUAAGGCCCCUGCUAGCACAGCAACACUUUUCUGCCAACAACCAACCAGCUACCAACAUGGUUUCAUUUAAAACCCUAACCCUCAAUAUUUACAGUCAUAGCUGUUCUGUUUUACCGGGAAAUAUCCCAAAGAUUUCACAUUUUACAAUUACGUAACAUUUCAAAAGGUAUGAAAAACAAGGUUCAUUUUUACUUGACAUGUUUAAAGCACCAUACGCCAUCUACCUGGUCAUGUACUGCAUGAAUAAGAACACUUUCUGUUCAAAAAUUACGACCAAGUGUGUAUAAAAAGUCUUUUCUUUGAAAACAAAAUCAUCACCUGCUGUUAUUUACAAGAAAAUAUGUGUCCCUUUUUACCCUGAGACACUUACAAUGUCCAUGUUUUCCAGGUGAACGGCCACCUGGACUACAUGCGUCAGAUGGACACCAUCCUCGUGGCAGUAGGUGUUCCCACUAAAGAAGUCCCUGGAGCCUCUUUUGCUCUUCCUCAACCUGAGACAGUCACAAAAGAGAAAGCGGACAUACCCGGACCAAGUCCUGAUGAGAAACAAGCGACUGAGACUCAAAAUCAGACUGGUACUGAAGAGACUUGUGGUACUAAAGACAUUGGAGACCUAAAAGAGGUUGAGGAGACAAAGGAUGCAGCUGAUGGUUGGGAUAUCCCUGAUAUUUCAGACCUGCUGGACUCUUUAAACGAUACAGAGCCGGAGAGUCAAAUCAAAGUCAGAACCUGUGAACCUUUAACUUCAGAGGAGGAUGUUAAAAAAGACAACAAAGCCUCUGAAUUGAAUCAUGUGGAAGAGGAUCCUGACAGUGAACACAUAUCGUGGAGCUGGGACGAUACACACUGGACUACAGAGCACACACUCAAACAGAGGCAACCCAACUUGUGAAGAGUAUGUUACAGCACAAGCUGCUUUCCUCUAAAAUCCUGUCCUCCCAAGUAUUUCCUAAACACUGAGGCUUCAUGGGAGAAAAUAAUCCAUUCUCAACAUGCUGACAUGCCAGAGACAGGAACUUUCUGUCAGGACUAAUUGCUGUUUUUAGACUGAUGUAUUAAUUUAUGAACAAUGAAGAAUUAUUCCAAUGAAGGUAAUUUUGUACCAACUGUGAAUAGUGUUAAAAUAUUUGUUUUCUGGUCUCGCUGUAGGAUCUAGCUAUAAUAUCUGUUUUGCGGGUGUCUGAGGCUGCUUACAAAAGGUGAUAUUGGUGAUCCUUUCUCCCUGCAACUUUUAAAGAGAAGUCUCCGUUGCUAUGGAUUUUAUCACAGUAGUUUGAUAUUUGAAAGGCUGAGGGGGCAAUUCAGAGAUUUCAAGGCCUUUUCUUUCAGUCCAAAGUGAAGUGCUUGCCUUACAUGAAGUCUGUAUAGACUUUAUUUACAUGGGUGAUAGUCUUAACCCUGACUUCACUGGUUUGGUAACUCAAAUCUCUUUUCCUGUAAAGCUCCUGUGAGGAGGAGGUUUUUGCAGGUUAUGAAACAGACUGAUAUUAAUGCUGGUGCUUUUUUUCGAACUUAUUAAACCAGCUAGACCAUCUGGAGAAGAAUUACAAAUUUCAAUCAUUACCAGUGGAACGGAUGUUCAGAGAGAUAGAUUAGAAAUGAGUCACAGUAAGUGGUACAUUUGACUUCUGCUAAAAAACAGAAUAUACAGGAUCUUAUCAACAAAGAAAUAAAUCAUGCAGCUCCUCCACAGGGGGCGCCAGAAACAACACAAACCUACAGUUCCUCACAGGAGCUCCAACCAUGUUUCAUUAUUGGAAAAAAAAGUAUAAAAGUAGAUUGCAUUCACUUGAGAGAAAAAAAAUCAUUUUUUUAAGGUAAAUUUUUAUCAGCAUCUUAAAAUCUGGUACAUGUGAUGCACUUUUAACACAUUUUUUGUCAUCUAAAAAGUGAGCUACCUAGUCACCAGUGCGACUGAUACACUAGUAUAAAUUGUAGAGAGGUCUGUUUUUAUAGUGUGGUAUUUUACCCAGAAGAUGGCACCUGAAGUGUAUUUCAAAGUCAUUUUCCUCUGUUAGAAAGCAGUGGUAUUUUAUAAUGAAAUAUGCCCUGUGGAGUGCUAGUUUGAUUCUUCCUCAUCAGACCAGAACCUCAGCAAAACAGUCACCCACAGUGGGUCCAUCUGUACCUCACAUUUGUUCAGUGACAGGGUUGCAAACCAUCGGCUCUUUUUUCUGUAGUCUUGUAUAAAUGUUGUCAGUUACAGGAUGGGACUAUUUGAGCUUGUUUCUAAAGAGUUGUUGCUUACUUUGCUUGCCUUUUCUCCUGUAUGAAUCCCUCCUGUCUCUCCCCUGGCUAAUUCUAAUACAACAAAAACACAAUAGUUUGCACUAUUGUCAGAUCUUUACACAAAAGCGCAGGUAACAGACAAAACAAUCACAGGAUUCAGAGACUGUCUAGAUUGAAUUUAAAGAUAGAAAUGGAUUUAACCUGCAGCUGUAGAUCAAUCAAAGGCACUUUUUUAAUAAACACAGAAAAACUUGGCAUCGUUUUGGUCAAUGAGGCUGACGAAUGUUGGAUUCAUUUGAAAAGCUGAUUUACUUCUUUUGGGCUUGUUCCCACAGGCUUGGUUGCUUGUUUCUCUCACAAGACCUGGCAACGCUGGCAAACAUUACCUCACAGGUAGCUGGCAGGGUGGUGAUAAUAUGGUUAAAGACAGAGGUACACAUCUAAACACAGUGGAAGCCUUCAUGCAGGAAAAAAGGUUAACCUGUGCCAUUACACUUCAUGCAUGUAAGAUGGUGCAUCUGAUAUGCAUUUGGGUUACAUGGUGGUUUAAAGGGAUAUUAUCAGACAAUGCUGAAAUACAGGAUACUUGUGGAGUGCAACUGAGGCAGCAUGUUACAUAAAUUCAGAAUAACAGUGAUCUUUUUCUCUCAAGUGACUGCAGUAUGCUUCUGUAAAAAACACCAUAUUUUAACCUUAUUGAAUACAUCUCCAUUGUGACUGAAAUGGGACCAAAUCAGACACAUUAGUGUGCAGAUAUUAGCCAUUAUUGCACACUUGUAUUACAUAAUACAGAAAAAAAAGGCAAUGAGUGAUUAUGAAUGCUCUUAUUCUUUAGUUUGUGGAACAGAGAGUGUCAGGCUCAGCUCUAUAUCUGCAGGUUGUGAAGCACAGCAACACAUCUGAUAAGACAGUGGUCCACUUUAAACUUAGUUAAUGAAGUAUGAUAGUGUUAAAUAUUCUUUAUUAAUUAAAGUUUAAAGGAGAUAGCUUUCUGCAGACCUUUGCAAGUUAAGUUUAGGCAUUACAGGUGCAAAGGUCGACUAGAACAGUUUGGUUUUAGCCCAAUCCAGCUCAAAAAUACCCAAUUUGAGGUUCUAUCUUGAUAAUCUGUGAGGUUUUCCUCUAAAAUCAGUAUCACUUAAGGUCUCAGAAAUCCUAUAUUCAGUUUGAGUAUCCAUAGAAAACAUUGUAUGACAUAAAUGUGUAUUUUGAGUGUGUACCAGUAUGUCUCCUAGGUCAAAGCCCCUGAAUUUCUGUUAAAAUGAUAAUAAAUUAUGAGUCUUAA